UGUGUUUAUCUUUUUACUAAAAGUUACUUCCUGUUUUAUUUAGGUAGAAACCGGUAGUUACGUAACCACGCAAUUUGAUCAUGUGACUUACCCGGAUAAAUAGUUCUAUCAUGUGUGCGAGUUAGUUAGCUAGCUUUUACAGUUUAUUUAAUAAUGUUUUGACAUCCUGCUUCUCUUUUAUUUUAUUAUCGUUUUGAAGUGAAGAAGAUAGUUUAAAAAUUUGCGAAAUGGGAACCGGAAGUGGGAUAGUAGCUCUGUUCUUUCUGCUGUCACCGUCUGUUUGUAUUGGCAGUCCUGCACAGAUUGAUCCCCUGGUGUACGAGGAACAGCUGCUGUGGGUGAGCGGAGUUCAGGGGGAAGUGAACACCUUCAGGAUCCCACUCAUCACUUUUACCCCCAAAGGAAGCCUGCUGGCCUUCACUGAGGCCAGGAAGUUUUCAUCAAGUGACAUUGGAGCCAAGUUCCUUGCAAUGAGACGGUCCACUGACAAAGGGAACACUUGGUCCCCAACCGCCUUCAUAGUGGACGAUGUAUCCCACCCAAAUGGUCUGAACCUGGGCUCAGUGGUGGUGGAUGAAGAUGUGGGUUCAGUAAUUCUGAUCUACUCCCUCUGCUUCCACCUUUACCACUGCAGCCCAGCCAGCACCAUGAUGGUGGAGAGCCUGGAUGACGGCCUCAGCUGGAGCAGGCCCAGAAACCUGUCGGUCCAGCUAGGAGUUAAAGAAUUUGCCCCUGGGCCGGGAUUAGGUAUACAGAAGAAACACCAUCCAGCCAAGGGGAGGUUGGUAGUUUGUGGACAUGGGACGAUAGAGGGAGACGGUGUUUUUUGCAUCCUUAGUGACGACCACGGAAAGAACUGGUACAACGGAGCAGCGCUGAAGAGCAUCCCUUACAACCAGCCUAAAAAGGCUUUGGACUUCAACCCUGACGAGUGCCAGCCAGUGGAGUUGCCGAAUGGCAGCAUCAUGAUCAACGUGCGCAACCAGAACAACUACCACUGCCGGUGUCGCAUUGUGGUUCGCAGUCUGGACGGAGGCUUGACUCUCCCCGUGGAUGAGCUGUUUUUCGACUACAAUCUGGUGGAUCCAGUCGUUGCAGCCGGAGCGCUGCAGAAAAACGGAGUGCUGUACUUCAUCAACCCCUCCAACGAAAAACAGAGAGUGAACCUGACGCUACAGUGGUCGCUAACGAAUGGAUCGUCUUGGGAAAAGAAAGCCUUGCAGAUAUGGCACGGGCCGAGCGGUUACUCCUGCAUCACGUCGCUGAACAGCAGCUCCGUGGAAGAUAAAAAGUUUAUCUUUGCCAUCUAUGAAAAAGGACACAGCAGCUAUUGGGAGACCAUCUCGUUUGUUAAGAUCCACCUCUACGGUGGCCGGUAGCGAGCGAGUGACCCUAACCUGCUUUUGUCUUUCAGACUUAAACCUGAAAGGGAAAACUUUAUUUUUAGUUCAUCAACUUUCUCAGGAAUUUUAAACUCAACUUAUCUUUAAAAUAAGAUAUUGAAAAUGAUGAUUUUGCAGUUGAUAGGCCAGAUUAUUAUUUAAUCCUGGUUUUACCAAACUGUUGUCUGAAAACAUCGUUAGAUUAGGAGAUUAAACUCGACCAAGCAGGAGAUGUAAAGGUGAAUCAUUUUGCAAACAUAUGCUAAUCUCAUUAAGGAAUCUGGGAACCAGACUUCACCCCACACAAUGCUGCUGCUGCUCAGGUUAGAUGUACAUUUAUUUAAUUUUUCUAUUUUUACCUUCUGUAUUUUAAAAAUGCACAAGGAAAACUUGUCACGAUGCGAGUAGGAGGAGGUUAGGACCCAAGAUGCAGAACACCAGACGACACGAGGCAGGAGCGAUUUGUAAAAGUAAAAUCCCUUUUAUUAGGCUGAGAAACAUCAAUGGACCGACAAAACAUUGAGACGCAGACAGGGUUAUAUACACAGGGACGGUGAUUGGGAGAUGAGAAGCAGGUGCGUGGGGAGAGAGAACUGAGAGGAGACUGGUGAGAACAAUUGACUAAGGCCUAGUCCACACGUAGCCGUUUUUUUUUAAUCGAAUAUCCGCCCCUCCAGAAACUUGCAUCCACACCACCUCGUUUUAAAAAAAACUCUGUCCACACGUACCCGGAUAAAUACGUUGUUAAGGACAUGCCAGACCUGUAGGCGGCAGUACUUCCCCCGUUCUUAACCUCGUCCUUCGUCUGUGGUCUUCCGCAAGGAGCAGUAAUUCCACUUGCAAAAACAAACAAGCAAAAAGCGCUUGGACAAUUGAUAAAGCGAGCGCAGCUCUGAGGGCAUCCAUGCUGUUGGCUAGUGUAAACACAGGUCGCACACGUGAUGUCAGCAUUUUUUUGUCGCGGAAAGUGACGUUACGGACCUUAAAACUCCGGUUUUGUCUGUCCACACGCAGAUACCCAAAACGUAGAAAACGCAGAUCUUCACUUUGGCCGGAGUUUUUAAAAAGAUCCGUUUUUGUGUAGAAAAAACUCAGUUUUCGUGUGGAUGACAGGCCAAAACGUAGAAAAAUAUCUACGUUUUGGCAGAUCCCUAGCUACGUGUGGACAGGGCCUAAAUGGGAAGGGAAAACCAAGCAGAGGGUAUAAACCCUAACCUAUGAAUCUAAAUAAAUAAAUCUAAAAGACUUAAGGGCACAGGAGAACCCAAGAAUAAAUAACUAAUGACCUGAGGACUGAGGGAGACUAAUUAACAAGUGGGGAAGGAAACACACACUAAACGAGACUAAUAAAAUGAAAAGCUGAACCUAUAGAAAAACUACAGAGGGGUGACUAGGGGAGACUGGGAGGGAGCUGGGGACAAAAAGGGGCACUGGAAGCUUGGUUACACAUGAGGGGAAUCCUAGAGGGACACCUGGAGGGGUUGGGGAACACAAGGAGCACAUGAGGGGGGAUGCAGACGAGACACGAGGAACACCAGACAUAAGGGGAACCUAGAGAGGGAUGGAGAACACAAGGAGACACAUGAGGGAGACGCAGAACGCAGACCAUGACAAAAACUUCUGGUUUACCCCACAGCUGUGCAAUCAUCUUAAACUCUUACCAAGGGAUGUGUUAUUAAUUCACUUUAAUUAUGAAAAACAGGAGCUGCAAAUGCCAGUUUUACUUUUUAUUGGAUGAAAAAUAAAAGAAUAAGGCAUACCAAAUAAUCAUAUAUGUUAUUUAGAGGCAGGUGCAUGGAAAACCUACCUGCUAUAGUCCUUUUUUCUGUUUUCUAUGGCUUUUUCAGAUAAAUUCAGUGGGUUUUUUUGCUGUCCGUGUUAACUUAGAGGAAAACAAGGAAGUUAUUCAUGAUUCAUUAUGAUGAGUUUGUUGUGCUUAAAAAAGAGAAUUCCUGCUCUGUUUUUGCUUUAUUAGUAGAAUUUUAAAGUUUAAAAUGAACACUUUUUUGUUUCUGGCAAAAAAUUUGCAUUUUGAGGCUGAUAAAAAAUUUUUUACAGAAUAUUUCAUCCGGAAACAAACUCAUUGUUUUGUUUGAGUUCCUUAGAAAUUACAGCAAUAAUAACUGUUUAUGAUAUCUGACAUAACUGGCCUGAGUUGUUUUUGCUGGGAAAACAAAAUUGUGGACUUUAGGAUGUAUGUGCCAUAAUUAACACUGAGUUAAAUCUGUUUGUUAAUGUAAUAAUAAUAAUUAUUAUUAUUAUUAGUAUUAGUAUUAUUAUAUAAAAUAACAUGAAUAAUAUUAUUAUGAUGCUGCACUUUAUUAUUGCCUGAUUUUGUAAUAUAACUACUGUAUUAAUGCAGAAUUCUUCGUCUACGAAGGCCAUUCAAAGCAAACAUCUGUGGCUUAUAGCAGAUUGUUAUCAAUGUUUAUCGAUAAAGUUAUGAAGCUGAUGUAAUGGAAAAUAGUAGAGUACUGUGGGCUAAAUAAAUUGCCUAAGAGCUGUUUA